GCCCCGUUUAGUUUACGAAAUAGACCCGAAACGGACCUCGGCCUCUGCGACAUCAAUUUGCAUUGGAAGCCACAGAUCUCUCUCCCUGAAAAUUCAAAGCUUCGUCUGUUGCUGCUGCUCUUCACUGAUUCCUCUUCCAUUUCCAAUUGAUCGGACUACUUACCUUUUUCACGAUCUCUCAUUCAAAUCAUCAACACUUGCAUACACGUAUGUCCUAAGAGAAGUGACUCUCUCUGGUGGAGAUGGAGAGUUCACCGGCGGCAAUGAAAUCGGACAGGCGGUGGAGAUCUAAGCCUCUCCAGGCCUCGAAACCCUCGCUUCUGAUGGCCUUCUUCUCUUGUGUCGCUUGGCUUUAUGUCGCCGGCCGGUUGUGGCAAGAUGCAGAGAACAGAAAAUUACUUACUAGUCUUCUUGACAAGAACUCCCUCCAGAGACCCAAAGUGCUUACAGUUGAAGAUAAGCUAAUGGUUCUAGGAUGCAGGGAUCUGGAGAGGAGGAUUGUGGAAGUUGAGAUGGAAUUGACUUUGGCGAAGAGUCAAGGGUACCUCAAGAACCAAUUGCAGCAAAGUGGGUCUUCUUCUGGCCAAAGGCUUCUUGCUGUUAUUGGAGUUUAUACUGGAUUUGGUAGUCGCUUGAGGCGAAAUGUGUUUAGAGGGUCUUGGAUGCCUAAAGGUGAUGACUUGAGAAAACUUGAAGAAAGAGGAGUGGUCAUUCGCUUUGUAGUUGGUCGGAGUGCCAAUCGAGGUGAUAGCUUAGAUCGCAAUAUUGACAAGGAAAAUCGCUCAACAAAGGAUUUCUUGAUUCUUGAAGGUCAUGAGGAGGCUCAAGAAGAGCUGCCCAAGAAAGCAAAGUUUUUCUUCAGUACUGCGGUUCAAAAAUGGGAUGCAGAAUUUUAUGUAAAAGUUGAUGACAAUAUAGGCCUGGAUCUUGAGGGGUUAAUUGGACUUCUUGAUCGUCGUCGUGGUCAAGCUGGUGCUUACAUUGGGUGCAUGAAGUCAGGAGAUGUGAUAUCUGACGAGGGAAAGGCUUGGUAUGAACCUGAUUGGUGGAAAUUUGGCGAUGAGAAAUCGUACUUCCGACAUGCAUCUGGAGCUCUUCUUAUCCUCUCCAAGAAUUUAGCUGAGUAUAUUAACAUAAACAGUGCAUCUCUUAAGGCUUAUGCUCAUGACGAUAUAUCAGUGGGCUCAUGGAUGAUGGGUCUCCAAUCAACUUACAUAGAUGACAAUCGCCUUUGCUGCAGUAGCAUUAGACAAGACAAGGUGUGUUCCCUGGCUUGAUCAGAGGAAAUAGCUUCUUAUCAGGAAAAUCUGCGCAACUUCCUAUUCGGUAUAUUCAUUCAGCAAGUUUUGCAUGAGCCACAUCAUUACUUUCCGAACAUUUGUACACAUUUGUUGCAUCUGCUUGUCUCGAGGGAAUUGUGUCUCACAUUAGCAAGAUUAUUCUCUUGGAUCAGAAGAGUGGCAGCAAUUUUUAUAGGGGGAAUACAUUUACCGAGCCGUCCUCCCCCAUUGGUGCCUCUAUUUUGGCUUAAGUGAAGUUGGAUGCAACUAUAUAAACUCGAUGAAAUAUUUCAUGUAAUUCAGUCAAUAGGAAAGCUUCUGUUUCCUACCAUUUAUGCCUGUGCAUUCGUUCUCUGAAGUUAAUCCAGAGUUGAGCUAUAGCAAUGUUUCCAGUUGUAUAAUUUAAUUGAUUUGUUAACUUCCCAUGCUGUGCAAAUUUGCAAGAGACGUCUACAUCCCAUAUUUGAAUAUCGUUUUCUGA